UACUACUCGAGCUCUGCGCACACUUUGUCAUCAAAACCUGCCGGACCUUUGCAGAAAACACUGCGAAGAAAUUAAGUAACCUUUGUCCACUUAAAGAGAGUUAAGGAGUUGCUCCCCCUCCUUCCUCACUCGAGCACUCGACAUUAGGUUGGCAGUUGUGAUUUUUCCUCAUGCCCCUCUCCACAAAUCAGGAGAAGCGUUAAUCCUUUUAUUCUUUUUUCUUUUUUUCUUCUUCUUGUUUUUUUUUUUUUUUUUUUUUUUUUUUUUUUUUUUUUAAACAAAAUCAGUUUAGGAGUUUUAAAAUUCAUUCCGCGCUUUGGUUGGAUAACAGUUUUUUUUUGUUGUUGUUGCUGUUUUGUUUCGCUUUUGAUUCGGAUCUCCUGUCUACAAAACAGCACUGAACAUCGAGUGUGGACACCAGUUUUUGAAUAUCGGCCUGUACUGCGCCUCCUAAAUAUAACCAGAAUGUCGUCUUUACCGGGAUCAGUACCUCGGAUGAUGAGGCCAGCACCAGGACAGAACUAUCCCCGCACCGGCUUCCCCUUAGAAGUAUCUACUCCUUUGGGUCAAGGGCGUGUGAAUCAGCUUGGCGGGGUUUUUAUUAACGGCAGGCCUUUGCCUAAUCAUAUCCGACAUAAGAUCGUGGAAAUGGCGCAUCACGGAAUUCGGCCGUGCGUGAUCUCGCGCCAGCUGCGGGUCUCCCACGGCUGCGUGUCCAAAAUCCUGUGCAGGUAUCAGGAGACAGGAUCCAUCCGCCCUGGAGCUAUAGGGGGGAGUAAACCCAGGCAGGUGGCAACGCCAGACGUGGAGAAGAGAAUCGAGGAGUACAAGCGGGAGAAUCCCGGCAUGUUCAGCUGGGAAAUACGCGACAAACUGCUGAAGGACGGGGUGUGUGACAGAAGCACAGUUCCUUCAGGUGAGGCCUCACCUGUGAGCUCGAUAAGCCGAGUGCUUCGCGCCCGAUUUGGCAGGAAAGAAGAUGAAGACGAUUGCGAUAAAAAAGAUGAAAGUGGGGAGAAGAAAACAAAACACAGCAUUGAUGGCAUACUCGGUGACAAAGGUAGUCGUGUAGAUGAAGGCUCAGAUGUGGAUUCGGAGCCUGACCUGCCGCUGAAGAGGAAGCAGAGACGCAGUCGAACCACAUUCACCGCUGAGCAGCUGGAGGAGCUGGAGAAGGCCUUCGAAAGGACACACUACCCUGACAUCUACACCCGAGAGGAGCUGGCUCAGAGGACUAAACUCACAGAGGCUCGAGUACAGGUGUGGUUUAGCAAUAGACGAGCCAGAUGGCGCAAACAAGCCGGAGCCAAUCAGCUUGCCGCAUUCAACCACCUGUUACCAGGAGGUUUUCCAGCAACAGGCAUGCCCACUCUGCCUACAUACCAGCUCCCUGAGCCCGGCUACCCCGCUACCACGCUAUCACAGGAUGGCAGUAGCACAUUGCACCGGCCACAGCCUUUGCCCCCCUCCACCAUGCAUCAGGGCAGCCUCUCGAGUGACAGCAGCUCCGCCUACGGCCUCUCGUCCAACCGGCACAGCUUUUCCAGCUACACUGACACUUUCAUGAGCCAGUCAGCAUCCAGCAACCCCAUGAACCCCGUCAACAAUGGCCUCUCUCCACAGGUUAUGAGCAUCCUGAGCAACCCAAGCGCCAUGGCUCCUCAGCCGCAGCAUGACUUCUCCAUCUCGCCCUUGCACACCGGACUUGAGGCUUCCAACCCUAUCUCAGGAAGCUGCAGUCAGCGCUCAGAGCCCAUGAAGACAGCAGAAAGCCUGGCUUCAUCUCAGUCCUACUGCCCUCCUACCUACAGCUCCACCAGCUACAGUGUGGACCCUGUCACAGCUGGCUACCAGUACAGCCAGUAUGGCCAGACUGCUGUGGACUACCUGGCUAAGAACGUCAGCUUGUCCACACAAAGGAGGAUGAAGCUUGGGGAACACUCGGCCGUCUUGGGACUGCUACAAGUGGAGACGGGCCAGGCAUAUUGACAGACUCGUCCUCUGGAACGUCACUUCUCUUUUUCACCAGCAUCCCUCCAUCCACUGGGCUGUGCGAGAGAAAAGAGAAGUAGAGAAAUUCAUAGACAGUCUUAGACCCUUAACCUAUGGCUGAGUGAAUACAAAAGCCAUUUAAUAAACAGACACUAUAGUGCCGCUUCUCAUCUCUCUCCUUUUCCAUCCCAUUUCUCGUCCCCUACCCUCGUCAUUUCCACAAAGAGACUCUUUCAUGAUUUUGGAGAAGAAAGCAAGCAUCACAGCAGUCAAUGUUGACACAUAGGCCACAGUUCCAUUUGGACAUGGUUUGGACCAUGUUAAUGUUUAAUAGGAUUUAAAAUGAUGGUAUUACAUUUAUAUUUGAUAUGAUGAUUGUGGUUGUUUCUAUUACUGUUGCAGCUAUUAUUGUUAGAACAUUUUGUUUACAUCUUAUAUUUGUCUUUUUUGGUUUCUCAGCCAGUUUCUAACACACCAUACAAAGAGAGGCUGGUAGCAGUUCAAGUUGCCCUCAUUACAUGAUUUUUGACCUUUUAACUUUGACGUUCAGAUAGAUCUGGACCUGUCAGUGGGGUGUAUGGCUCAGCAGAGUCUUCUGGGAGGGUCUGGCCAAUAAGGACUCCAGGAGUUUUGAAUCCUUGCCCCUUUAUUCCCACAUGGAUUAUCCACUGGGAAAAGCAACAACAGUUAGAAAUGAAAACGGUCCUAAAGCGACCCCUUGAUGUACAUCAUGGGCAAGUUUUAGAGAGAGACAUGUAUCAGUAUUAUUUGUGGUAUUUUUUUUUAUGCAGUAAGAUAAUAUUAAAUAUUAUUGAAAAACCCUCCCAUUUCAUUCAAGUAUUACCACUAUGAUCUUAUACAAGUAAUGUGAAGUCGUUCAAAAACAUGUUACUUUUCAAAGCUGUGUCAGGACAGUCAGUAUGAUUUUUUUCUUAGAUUGUCUCUAUUACUAAAAGGUGCUACAUUCCAGAACAUUACUUUACGACGUCAUGGGACCUACACAGUGUAUUAUUUAGCAUUCCACCAAUGUCUUGCACUUUUCCUUUUCUUUCAUUUUGUUGUAUACAGUCUUAAUAUGUCACAAAUUAAAUGAUAAAAAAGGGAUUACCUCACAAUUUUCAUUUAAAUGCUGUAAUAAUUUUGUAAUAGCCUUCAAAAAUGCAUACUAUUGGUGCAUAUUCCAAUAACAAACAUAUAUUUGAGCUACACUAAUGUCAUAGCACUUGCUGAUAAUUGGUCACAGUAAAGUAUGAAGGGUAUUAUACAGGGUGAAUUUGUUGUGUAUGAAACAGAAAGUGCAAGUGGAGUGAUAAUGCAUACAUUUUAAUAUAUUGCGUUCUGUUUCUCCUCUGUUGAUACAUUUUUUUUCAACUGCAUUGAGUAUGUAAUAUAAAGAAUGUAAAGAAAGUAAUUUUGCUUCAUAUAAAUAAUUAGUGGUUUGAAUUUACUGUGCCCUUCAUCUCCCCCAUAAUGCAAAUCAUUUCAUUACAAAAAGACCUCUAAAUACAUGAUGACCCAAGAAUAAUGUUUAUCUGCUGUCCAGGACCUAUGUUCAUUCCUGUCUUUUUUGGCAUCCCAUUCCACAGUUUGGAUGUAUACAUAUACCAUCAUAAUAAGGUUAAAUGAAGGUGAUGGUUUUCUAGAACCAAUCUAAUCAAAGUCAGAAAUUGAGUAGCUGGCAGGACAAAGAGAAAACAAGACAAACUCACUCGUGAGUUUCACACGCACGUGACCAUGUGUCAUUAAAGACUUAUAACAUUUCAUUUAACACUUCAAAUAUUUUGUAAAAAUUUUUUGAAAAUUAAAAAAAAAUUAUAAAAAUAAAUAAAAAGAAAAAGAAGGACUGUAAAAAGUUUUAGCGUGUAGCAUUCAUUUCUAACACAGUCUACCUUUUGGAUAUUGAAAGCACUAUUUGAGUUCCAAAAUUUCUUUCUAGCUUUUCCCCAUCACAUUCCUAUAUAGUUCUUGCUUAAGCAAUUGUAAUUUGCUUUAUCUUUCUGUUCAGCAUGUAUGUAUAUUAUCAUUGCAUAAUUUAUUCUGCUGUAUGAAACAAUAGCAUAAUGGGAACUUGUAUUGGUUUUCCUACAUUCAGCCUGUUGGUGUCUUUACUGUAGCACUGUUAUUGAUUAAAGUUUUGAAAACUGGA